UUCACUCACACUCACUUUUUCUCUAAUUCCUUAUUUCUCUCAACUAAUUUCAAAUUAUGACUCGCAAAAUUCUCUUAACAGUUACAUUGAUCUGCAUUUUCUCCCUCGGCGUCGGUGGCCAAUCUCCUUCUACAUCUCCUCAAAAGCCUAAAUCCACAUCUCCCGCCAUUUCUCCAUCUCCCGAAUUAACUCCCACGACGGAGGCUCCGGCGCAGACUCCGGUAGAAGCACCCGUCGAGGCUCCUCCUUCUCCUACACCUGAGGCUUCUUCUUCUCCGCCAGCUCCUUCACCGGAGGCUGAUACACCUUCUGCUCCGGUGGAUGCACCAACAGCUGAUGUUCCAGCUCCAGCUCCGAGCAAACAUAAGAAGAAGCAUAAGACCGCCCCGGCUCCCGGACCAGCUUCGGAGAUUUUAAGCCCGCCUGCUCCGCCCGGGGAAGCUCCUGGUCCUGGACCAAGCGAUGCUUUCUCCCCCGCCGCCGACGAUCAGAGCGGAGCAGAAAGAAGAAGUGUGAUACAAAAUGUAAUGGUGGGAGCUGCGGCUAUUGCAUGGCCUCUACUUGCUCUCUAGCCUUCUAAUUAAUUUUUGUUUUUGUU